AUGCCUCUUAUUGUUAUAACCACUACAAGUCGUGAUGCUUGGCAGCAUCUUACCUGCUUGUUUGCUAGCAAAUCUCGGGCUCGGAUUAUGCAAUUGAAGAAAGAUCUCACCCUUAUUCAACAAGGUUCCCACACGGUGUUUGAGUUCCUUCAUGCAGUUAAGGUAAUUGCUUAUGAACUCUCGUUGAUUGAUGCACCUGUUUCAGAUGAUGAUUUGACGUUAUAUGUGCUUAAUGUCCUUGGUUAUGAGUUUCGAGAUAUGGUGGCUCCCAUAUGCGCGAGAGAAACUACCUUGUCUUUUGCAGAGUUGCAUGAUCUAUUAAUUGGUCAUGAACACUACCUCAAACGCAUUGAUGGAAAUUCUUCGACCCUAGUUGUCAUUGCCAAUUCCUUCCAACGAAAGUCGUUGAAUCCUCGGUUCAAAAAUAGCAAGAACCGUUCCAAACAAAGUUCCUCCAACAAAGCUUCUUUAAAGAAAUCCUAUGUUGUGUGCCAAAUAUGUGAUCACCUCAGUCACACUACAAAGAAUUGUGCCAAACUGCAGUCUUGA